AUGACGCUGUCGACGUCGAAUCGUUCGGGCAUUGACAUGGAGGUGUGGCUACCGAAGAAUUGGACCGGCCGAUUCCUCAGCACCGGGAAUGGUGGCCUUGGCGGCUGCAUCCAAUACGAGGACAUUGAGUAUGCCACAUCGCUUGGCUUUGCGGCAGUGGGCACCAACAAUGGUCAUAACGGUAUGACCGGACAAGCUUUCUUGAACAACCCAGAUGUUGUCCAAGAUUUCGCCUAUCGCGCGCUACAUACGGGAGUCCUUAUCGGGAAACAGGUCUCUAAUACCUUCUAUGGAUCCGAGUACACCAAGAGUUACUAUCUUGGCUGCUCAACUGGAGGGCGCCAAGGAUUUAAGGAAGCCCAGACGUUUCCUGACGAUUUUGAUGGGAUAGUCGCAGGCGCGCCAGCCUUUUCUUUCAACAACCUCACCUCAUGGAGUUGUGACUUUCUCAUUCGCACCGGGCCGCCUGGAUCAGAGACUUUCGUCCCUGUGGAUAUGUGGCAGACUAUACAUGCCGACAUCCUGAAACAAUGCGAUAGUCUAGACGGAUAUGUUGAUGGUAUCCUUGAGUCGCCUGAUCUCUGCGACUACAACCCAGGCGACCUUGUCUGUGCGGCUGGGCAGACGAGUAAUUGCUUGACCGAAGUACAAGCCGAUACCGUGGGCAAGAUAUUCUCUCCACUUCGUAUGCCAGAUGGCAAUCUCGUCUAUCCUCGCAUGCAGCCUGGUUCAGAAACAACGGAGGCCACAUUUACGUACUAUACUGGACAAGAGUUCGGUGCCGCUGAUUGGUUUCGCUAUGCGAUCUUUAACAAUCCCCAGUGGAACGCAUCGAUGCUGACUCCAGCCGACUUUCUGUUAUCCGAACGCCUAAACCUGUUCAAUAUCGAGACAUGGGACGGUGAUCUUUCAGCUUUCCAGGCUAGAGGUGGCAAGCUCUUGCAUUACCACGGACAGGCCGACGGCAUUAUUUCGAGCGAGAACUCGCCACGGUACUAUAACCAUGUGUUAGAUACGAUGGGAUUGACACCAACACAGGUAGACGAUUUCUACCGCUUCUUUCGUAUCUCCGGUAUGGGCCACUGUGGUGGUGGACCUGGUGCAUCAUUCAUUGGCAACCAGAAGCGCAACGCUGCAACCUUAGAUGCGUCAGGGAAUGUGCUGAUGGCAAUUGUCCGCUGGGUCGAAGACGGCAUUGCACCCGACACGAUCACUGGAACUGCCUACAUCAAUGGCAGCGAGGUGGCGGGUGUAGCAUACCAAAGGAAUCAUUGUCGUUGGCCUUAUCGCAACGUGCACAAGGGCUCUGGAGGGCCAGGAGCGGAGAACUGGGAAUGUGUGGUGUAA